GCGCGCCGCCUGCGCAAUACACUAUGCGCGCUCUUGCGCGACACCCAAAACUUCCGCCGCGUGCGACUGUUGUCACUUUGACUUUUGAGUAGUCGACUUUUUUUUGCUCAUGAGAACUGUUUCGGUCGGCGCAGCAGAGACUCGUGUCAUUGGAAUGAGAUCAGCAUUGGCAAGAUUUGUCGGCUGCACUUUACUUUUUAAACGGUAAAGAUAGCAAUGGAGAAUAGUGGAGUUUACAUUUAGUGUGAUUUUUUUUUAAUUAGAAUGAGAGGGACAUCUCGCUAAAUCAAGAUUUUGAAAUAGAAAACUCAUAGGUCCACUCGUAUACGUAGUGACAUUCGGGUGAAAAAUGAAGAAGAGUUCAGUGCGAAUCGAUGUCCCAGUGGUGCUGGACGAUUAAGUGGUCUCGAGAUAGAGAGUGGCUGGUGGGGGGUGAGAAGGAACUUCUCUAUUUUUUCGCUGCGGAUAACCGUUGGCAAAAGAAGUGGUGAAGCAUCUCUGGAACAGGAAAGAACUGACAACACGAGAUCGUAGUGGUGGUGGCGGUGGUGGUGGUUGCUAUCGCCAGAAUUUACGGCCAAGUUGCGUUCUGUGGACAAGAAAACAGGAAAGCAUUGGGUAUAGGCAAUAACUUUCAAUGUUGUCGCCGGCUCAGCUCGCGUACAAGUAUCGACGUCGAUCACACAGUCGGGGCUCUGCAUCACCGAUGAAGGACGAAGAUGAAAAUGCGAAUUCUUUGAUUUAAUGCUAUUGCAGCCAACGCUGCUGCUGUGAUCUCGAUCUCGAUGAACUCUACAAUUCCACAAACCUGGGAGUGGGGUUAGAGGAGUACAAGGGCGCGCCACGCGUUCACCAAACUUUUCCAGGGCAACCAUGUGGUUUUUGAUCUAUAGCUGUCUCGUUCUAUUCUCAGCAACGUAUUCGCAAACAGAUUUAUUCAUAUCAACUCAAGCAUCGCUGUCUACGUUGACGACCGCAACUGUUACCGCAACCAAGACGACAAUGGCGGCGACGACAGUGUCAAAGAUUGCAACGACGUCGAAGCGGUCGGGAGCUACGGAUUCUCCGAUGCUCAACUAUAUAUUUGAUUCACAUAGCCACAACAAGCAUCAACACUAUCAUGACCACCGCUGGGGUCCGCACUUUGAGGGUAAAAGCACCAACGUCACGGCACAGGCUGGAGCCAAUGUCACGCUCGACUGUCGGAUAUCUCUCUUACAAGACAAGACCGUGUCUUGGGUGCGGAGACAAGACAACGGCGAGACGAUGAGCUUGUUGACGGUAGGACAACAAACCUACACUGGCGACUCAAGGUAUACAGUAGAAUUUCAGUAUCCGGACAACUGGCGCCUGCAAAUCAAGAACGUCAAUAGCACCGACGAGGGACAGUACGAGUGCCAGAUUAGUACCCAUCCGCCCAAAUUCAUUCAUGUUAAUCUUCAUAUUAAUGCACCCUCUGUACGAAUAAUAGACACCAUGGGGGAGCCAUUGAGGGACAAGUACUACGAGGCCGACAGUACCAUCGAGCUCUUGUGCGUCGUACGUCACAUAGCCAUGCAAAUGCAGUACAGCGUGGUGCAGUGGCUUCAUGAUAACCGUACGCUGAAUUAUGACACCACCAGAGGAGGAAUUAGCGUGAAAACGACUUUGAUGGAGGAGGGAGCGAAUUCAACGCUAAGUAUAGCCAGGGUUGGACCAGGAGACAGUGGCAAUUAUACGUGCGCUCUAACGACGAUGCCUGAUCAACCAGCUACUGUUCACGUGCAUGUUUUAAAUGGAGAAAGCCUAGCCGAGCUGCAUCACGGGCGAGCGAGUCACCCGCGGCUGUCGCUAAGCGGCAACGCUCCGAUGCUAGUGCUGUUGCUGUUCCUGGGUCUGGUGUGGCUUGUGCCGAGAUGAAGAAGCGCACAAAGCUCGUUCGCUGACAUUUGCCACCUCCUGGCCACGCGUGUGUGUCAAAGGAGGUGCCAGAGGGUACAGUAAAAAGGGUUUGGAUCGCACGAAGAUGGUAAUUGAAUUGGAUGCUUUGGCUGUGGCAGAUGCAACGUUUCGCCGUUUUACUUCAAAGAUAACAGACAUGCAUAGACAGAGAAAACUUUUUCUGUGAGUUUAUUAUAUUUCAUAGUCGAUUUGGAUAAUUGGACACUAGAGAUGGAGAGACAACAAAGCUGAGAUCAACUUAUGAAAACUUGACAUUUUUCGAGAGCUAAUAGUUUUAUUCGUAUUUUUUAGUGCCUUUCGACAUAAAAUUGCUUUAAUAUGUAACACGGAGUAUCGUAAAUUUGUAUAUAAAGUUAAAUUUUUUUAUAGAUGUUUCGAUAUACUAUAUUAUAUGUAUGAUUUUUUUUUUAAAGAUUGUUAUGGUUUGACGUUAUAGUUCCCGAUCCAAAUCAGUUUUACAUAGAUGAAGGGAAAAUCAUUCCAAUAGGAUGUGUAUAUACUCAGUCAUCCCGGUUAAUUAUUAGAAAGUUGAAACAUUGUAAAUGACGAAUGUCAUUAGUGCUCUAAAUAUAUAUAAUCGUGCGCCCGAAAAGAAACAGAAAACAAAUAACAAUAUAUACCUAUACACGUUAUCAAAGAAAGAUAAAGCAAAUUAAAAUGUACAGCAGCAGCAAACCGCCAAAUCAACUAGUUUAUCGCUUCUUUUGUUCUCCCAUUUCACAGUUCUAUCAUUGAUCCUUUAAACUGAAAAAUAGAAUACUUCAAAGCAUUCCGCUACGUUGUAUGACAAAACAAUAACACAAUAUCGAAUUUUUGUUUGUAAAUUAGAGUUUAGUUUGAGAUUGGUGUAAUUUAUUGAAUUACAAAUAAAUAUAUAAUAGCUUUCUUUAAGCUAAUUUCUGAACUAUUAUUUUAAUUGAUAAGUUUAAUUUAUAAUUUUAAUUUUAAUUGAUACUAUUAUUUUAAUUAUUACAAUUGAUAAGUUGAAAGCUCAGUAUAACGAAAAGAUAUGUCUCUUGAAUACAUGAAUCUAUCGAGGUAAAGUACAAAGGACUGCAGUAAACUGAGAUAUUUGUGAUAAAAGUUCCAUCGUAAUUCAUUGUCGAAGUCUCUCGUAGAGAGAGCACACUGUGUUUAUAAAUCACUGGGUAAAGUCCCAAUAUUGACAGGGAUCUACUUCUCUCCCUUUAUCAGAGGAAAAAGAUAGACGGAGGUGCGUAAGGGCCGCGACACAAAAAUCAAUUUGUCUUCUCUUCGUGAGAGCAGCGAUGCGCGCAACACGAGGGCUCUACUUCUCGAUUAUUCACGUCUAUCUCAGUGCGGUCACGAAGCUCUCGAGAAUAAAAGAGAAGCGCUUAAUGGAAUCUUUCUUGGAUGAAAGCUUAGAUUACUAGACACGAACAAUCAUCUGAUUACUACCACGAAAUUAAAAUGUUCCGAGAAGAAACAUCUUUCUGUUCUGAAAGAUCGCUUGAAAAGAACACUUAAUUAAAUCAUCGUUGAAAAGAAAAACAGGAUAAAGAGAAGUCAAACUUAAACACAAAAAUUUGAAAAGUUUUUACAAAUGAAUCAUUAAGAUGUAUCACUAAUUUAUACUUACUAUAUGUGAUAUAAUAAUGCAAACUUGUCAUAAACCUAUACGACGGUAUGCACGACGUUACUUCAAUAUCUUUUUUUAAACUUUUUGUUAUGUGAAAAAUUUAAUCAACGCUUAUUCUUUCAAUAGAGUAAACUAUACGAGCAACCAUAAACUUGAAAAAAAUUGCUGCCAAGCUAUUAACCAAGCAAGCUUUAUUGAGUAUAACAAUAAAAAGUGUAAUGACAAAAUAAGGAAGUACAUAAAGGUUCAAAAGAAAAUAUAUCAAUUAUUAGUGUAAAAAGUGUAAAUACUACAAAUAAUACGUUUAUAUGAAAUAUAAAAAUACGUUUUUAAGAAAAUAUAAAUAUGUUUAAAAAAUGAAAAAAGUUUAGCUUAGUUUUUUUCCAAUAAUCGUCAAAGUUCAUUAGAUAUAAGAAACACGAAGGUCUCCAUAGGUAGUUUUCCAAAUGCGAUUUUUUGAAUCCAAGUAAUACCCAUUUUUUCUCAAGAAUCUUCGGACUCUUUUAUGAACAAAAGGGACCAGCAGUUAUCGCACACUGAUAAUACAAAAAUUAAUAUUUCGGCUUAUCAAGUAAUUAUGGUCGCCUCAAUGUUCAUUGCCAUUUCUAUUAUAUAAUUAUAUUUUUUCAUUUUCAACUAUAGAUUGCUGGUUAAUUUUUCAACGAACAAUGGGUUUAUAAUAUUUAAAAUAUUUUUAAAGUAUGAUCUAAUCGCCAAUUUGUAUUAUGAAUUUAUUGUAAAAGAUUGUAACAAUGUUAAUUUAAUUAUAACGUUUAGAAUUGCAAAAUAUUUACAUUUGUUCAUGAAUUCCAUUUUUAAUGUUACAAAACGAACUAUUUCAACAAGUCAUAAAUAUAAUUACUAGGAAAUGUAUUUUAAGACUCAACACUGAAUAAACAGGAUUUCAAUUAUUUUAAUAUUCACAAAGUCCUGAAAUAUCGAUUUCAUAUUAGACUUUAAGCAAUUUACUAUAAAAAUAUAUACGAAUAAAAUAUAUUUAGCAUUUAGAAAUAUCCCGAAUAAAAAUGCAACGUAAUAAUACAUUAAAUUUCAUGUACUACGUCCCUGCGUGUUCAUAAUUGUCGAAGAUAUUCAUUUAAUUGAUGUGAAUGAUUAAGAUUGAUUAUGUACGAUGUUUGUGUGAUAAUGGAUGAAUACGUAAAUAAAGUCGUCUUGCGAUAGAAAAAAAUUGAAAAUACGGCUUAGCUAUAGAUAAGCGUUAACUUAAUAUUUAAAGGAUAAAAAAGUCCGAAUACUGUAAUUUUUUGCAUUUUCCGUUGAAAGAAGUAAAAUUUUUAAAUGAUAAUAAUAUUACCGUCAAAUAUCGAAUUAACAGAUAUUUUGGCUCUUUAUCAGCUCGUUUAUGCUUAUAACAAGCAUUACUGUUAAGCAUUAUUUGAAA